AAAAGGCCUCCUGCGAGGUUGGGGGCUGGGAUUAAAAAUAAAAUAAUAUAAAUAUAAAUAUAGGAAAAAACACACAUCAUGACAAGUGGUGGGAAGCCUUCCCAGUAGAGUGGAGGCUGUUAUAGCAGCAAAGGGACCAACUCCAUAUUAAUGCCCAUGAUUUUGGAGUGAGAUGUUUUGACGUUCAGGUAUCCACAUACUUUUGGUCAUGUAGUGUGUAUAUUACAUCUUCGGCCGUUGUCAGGAAGAAGCCUAAUGCCACAUUUAUAUGCUAUUCGGGAACUAGCAAACUCGGAAAUGUCAGAUUUGCUAACAGGUUGUAGUUAUACACGUGCAGCGUUCAAUCAGUUAGCAAGUCAAACAUUUCUGAGUUUCCUAGUUCCGACUAGUACUUGAACGCGGCAUAAUGGUACUUGAAAUUCGAAAAGUUCAAAAAUGCCGAGCUCUAGAAAGACGCGUGAGUUCCCGAGUUGGAAUUUCGAGCUGGAUGACUGUUCUAAAUAUUUUUUCUCCCAGUUGUAGCUCGUUAAAUCCCUAGUUCCUAGUUGUCUUGAACGCGCUGAAAUCAGGCCCAUAAUCCCAAAUCGUUCGAGGGACGAGAGUCACGUAGGAGUGACGCCAUGUGACGCAAGACAAUGACCCAAAGGGCGUUUCGUUUCCUAGGUAACAGCCGGAGCGUGCCUUGUUGCUGCACCUUCCCCUGUAGAAGGCAGCAGGGGGGCAGCCCUCCACCCAUCACACCGUUUUUUGGUGCAAACUAGCGAACACCACAUGCAUUAUUCGUGCAAAUGACAUUUUUGCAAAGUUAUACCACUAGAAACCCUUUGCUGAAAUAUUGCAUGUAAGUUUACUUCGCAGGAGCAAGCAAGAUACCAAAACAGUGCUACGCCAAGGACAGCAGCAUCUCCUCCAAGUGCCACUAACCCACCUCAUUCCCUGCCAGAGCCUACACCACCAUGCCUGGCCAGUUCAGAACCCCCAGUGACCCUCCUGUGUCCGGCCUCCUCUCUUUCCCCUCCUCCUGGAGCUCUGGCCCCCUGCAGCCCCUACGUUUCCGAGCCCGAACUCAAUCCAUGGACUGGCGGCGCCUCUCUGCCCUGGAUGUGGAUCACGUGGCCAGGGAGAUGGACGUGGUCGUACUGCAGGAGUACAUAUCUGCUGUCACCUUCUGUGAUGUCACAGGUGAGAGGUGUCCCUACUGCCGUAGCCCUGCUGACCCGGCCCUUGUCAACCUACUACGUAUGUCCCAGCUCAGCACAGAGUACCUGCUGCACUGUCAGGACUACCUGAGCUCCCAGGUGUCUGGGCUAGAGGAACGUCUACAAGGGGUCCUCUCUAAGGCAGACCGAGAGGGAGAGGAGAGGGCCAGGCUGGACUCUGAGCUACAGGCCACUAAACAGGAGAGCAAACUCAGGAAGAAGAUGCUAGCCACACAGCAGCUUCUACUACAGGCUAGCUUCAACAACUACCACAAGUGCCAAUGCUGUGAGAAGUCCUUCACCAACUAUUCCUACUUACAAGCCCACCUACAGCGCAGGCAUCCGGAGCUGACAGACGCAGAGCGGCAGAAGAAGAGGCAGGUGGAACAGAUGGAGGAUGGGAUAGAGGAGCUGAGAGAGAGGCUGAAACUGUCCCAGACUAGACUGGACGUAGAGAGGGAAGCAGAGGCCCUCAGGAAACAGCAGGAGCUGGAAGAUCAGCGAAGGAAAGAGACCUCGGAGAGAGAGAAGAUGGAGAGCUGGAAAGAGGAGGAGAGGAAGAAGUUUCAUGAGGAAAUGAGGGACCUGAAGCAGCUGUUCCUGCAGGAGUUCAGAGAUAUGGCCAGCAGGAGCUCCUCCAUCGAGGCUAAACUGCAGGAGCUCCAGACCAGAGAAGAAGUGACUGUUUCUAACCUGGGCUCCUAUCAAGAGGAGGAGGAGCUGCAGCAGAGAGAAGAGGCAGAGAAGAGGAUGAUGAUGAUGAAGAAGAAGAUGUCUGAGCAGAAGCGUGAGUGGAACAAACGGUUUAAAGAGAUCCAGAACAGGCACGUGUUGGAGAGAGACGAGCUUCAGAGUGAGAAUGAUAGGUUGCAGCUGGCCCUGUCUGUAGAACACAGGUCUGACCGACACAGGCUAGAACAACAGGUCACUACCCUGUCUGCCAGGGUCCAACAGAAAGACCGGCUCAUCAGGUCUCAGGAGGAUAAGAUCAACAAGAUGUCUAGAAGAACAGUGGCAGAUACUCCCAUCAAACAAACGUUCCAACACUCCACGGAGGAGGAGGAAGAGGAGGAGGAGGAAGAAGAGGAAGAAAAUCUGGAGGACUCUGGUGAGACCAGGAGUAGACUGUUGGAGUCCCUCCGGAGGAACCCCGCCUUGGUGAAGGAGUUCAGACCCAUACUAGAGGAAACCCUGGAGGAGAGGCUGGAGCAGAUGGGGCUCAGAAAGGGAACCAAGGGUAUAUCCAAGAAGACCUUUAAGAGCCUGAGCACGUUGGUAUCUGGUCAGCGACAUCAGAUGUCCAGACAGAAAGCAGACCUCCUGGAGAUCAGGGAGAGCCUAGCCAGAGAGCUGACGCGCAGAGUGCACGCCCUGCAGAGGAGCCAGGGGAUCACCGUACCUACUUUACCCAGACAGGUUACCAUACCCAGUACCACCCCUCAGUCCCACAAGAAGAGGAGUCCUAGCCGGGAGAAGAGUCCAAAAAGCAGACAGACACCAGUGAAGGUGAAGGUCUCCUUGAGGAAAAAGAAGGCUCCACGACCUCAACAGACACCAAGCACUCAUAGAAAAAAGAACAGCACCCCUCCCUUCAGUUCUGAGGAUGAGGCGUCAGGAGAAGACAUUCCUUCUGUCACCAGCCCUGGCAGUAGGUCUGGUGUUUCUGUCACCAGCCCUGGCAGUAGAUCUGGUGUUUCUGUCACCAGCCCUGGCAGUAGGUAUGGCCCCUCUGUGAGGGUGGUGCGGUCUGGAUCCAGCUCAAGGCAGAAGUACCCCAUGUCUGGUUCUACCCAGGGAGAGGACUGGUCUGGGACAGACACAGAGCUCUCAGAAGGGCCUACAAGUCUAACAACCCACCGUGGAGCACAACAUCAGACUGUUAAAACCCUGACCAGAAGCUUGGAGAGACAGUUGAGUUCUCCAGUGAACAAGCCAGUAGGAGGAACCAGAGUGGUGAUGCCACCAGUAGCAGCCAAGGUCUUACCCAAACCCAAACCCAGGACAGCGUUAAAACCCCUACCGUUAUCGGACGAAGAAAGCGACCUAGAACUGUCUUCCAUCGAGGAGCUCCUGUCCCUGCCGGUAGGGGGCCAGUCUCAGUCCCUAGGAGGGCGAGGGAGCACCGAGGUGGGCCUGGGAGGAACCUCAGGAACCAGCGUGUGGAGCUCCUCAACCAGCAGAGCAGGAGGGCUUUAAUGCACUUUUCCUGUUUUUUAAAUUUUUAUAUUUAGUGCUAUGUAUCCUUUAUUUAUCCAGAUGAAAAGCCUUUUUUGAGAUGGAAAUCUAUUUUUCAAUGGGCGUAUGUGAUAUAUGAGUUACUCUCUUCCAAGUUUUAAAACAAUUAUCAGAAGAUGCAUUCCAACGUGAUGAGGAGCUGGCGUGUUAUACCAGUUAUAAAACAAUAACAGAAUAAAAUAACAUUUCGGUUUCAUUCCAUUUUCCAGAAUCAAGCUAUACUCAACAAAAAUAAAACGCAACAUGUAAAGUGUUGGUCCAAUGUGUCAUGAGCUGAAAUAAAAGAUUACAGAAAUGUUCCAUAUGCGCAAUAAAAAGCAUAUUUCUCAAACAAGUGUAUUCCUAAUCUAUAGAUUAGGGCCUAAUGAUUUGUUUUCUCAAUUUACUGAUUUCCUUAUAUGAACUGUAACUCAGUAACAGUUGGAAGAAGGUGCAUGUUGCGUUAAUAUUUUUGUUCUGUGUAUAUAUAUAGGGACUUUCUUGGUAGGACUCAAACUAUGUUGGGACUUUGAAUGUGGUAAUGACUUGCUUUUUUUAUAUAAUCAGGAGAUAUAGUGCCUUCAGAAAGUUAUGAAAAGCCUAAAUAAGUUCAGGAGGAAAGAUGUGCUUAACAAGUCACAUAAUACGUUGCAUGGACAAUGUGUGCAAUAAUAAUGUUUAACACGAUGCAGGUUUUGGAAUAUUUGUAUUCUGUACAGGCUUCCUUCUUUUCUCUGUAAUUGUUUUAAAGUCACCAUUGGCCUCGUGGUGAAAUCCUUGAGCAGUUUCCUUCCUCUCCGGCAACUGAGUUAGGAAGGACGCCUGUAUCUUUAUAGUGACUGGGUGUAUUGAUACACCAUCCAAAGUGUAAUUAAUAACUUCACCAUGCUCAAAGGGUUAUUCAAUGUCUGCUUUUUUAUUUGAUUUUUUACCCAUCUACCAAUAGGUGCUCUUCUUUGCGAGACAUUGGAAAACCUCCCUGGUCUUUGUGGUUGAAUCUGUGUUUGAAAUUCCCUGCUCGACUGAGGAACCUUACAGAUAAUUGUAUGUGUGGGGUACAGAGAUGAGGUAGUCGUUAAAAAAAUCAUGUUCAACACUAUUAUUGCAGACAGUGAAUCCAUGCAACUUAUUAUGUGACCUGUUAAGCACAUUUUUACUCCUGAACCUAUUUAGGCUCCUUACCAUAACAAAGGGGUUGAAAACUUAUUGACAGUUUGAGCUCUUCAUUUUUUUAAUGAAUCUGUAAAAACGUCUAAAAACAUAAUUCCACUUUGACAAUAUGGGGCGGUGUGUGUGUGUGUGUGUGUGUGUGUGUGUGUGUGUGUGUGUGUAUGGGCCAGUAACACAAAAUAUCAAUUUAAUCCAUUUUCAUUGCAAGUGGUGAAUACUUCCUGCCACUGUAGGGAUUUAGUACUGUAUGUUGUUUUGUUUGUAAUGAUUUAGUACUGUAUGUUUUGUUUUUAAUUAUUUAGUACUGUAUGUUUUGUUUUUAAUGAUUUUGUACUGUAUGUUUUGUUUUUAAUGAUUUAGUACUGUAUGUUUUGUUUUUAAUUAUUUUGUACUGUAUGUUUUGUUUGUAAUGAUUUAGUACUGUA